AUGUCGGCCGCUGCUCCUCAGGUCGACAACGAGGCGCAGACGACGCGGUCCUGCGUGCCCAUCUCGUCGCUCUACCAGCCCGUCCACGUCGGCCAGAUCGGAGCCGGGCAUGCCGGAACGUCGACCUUUUUCCGCUGGCCCAUCCUAGGCGCGCUGCUCUUUGACAAUGAGAGUAGCGACGCACGCGACCACUGUGCCAACGAACGCAAUGGAAUAGCAUUCCUCUCGUACCUGCGGCUGUCGGUGCUCAUGGCCAUUGUGUCCAUGGCCAUGACGCUGUCGUUUCACCUCAAGCAGCAGCCCACGAUGCUCGAGAAGCAGAUUGCCAAGCCGCUCGGCGCCAUCUUUUGGCUGCUGGCCGUUUUAAUCUUGACCGUGGGCAUCUCAAACUAUAUACGCACUGUCAACCUCUAUAGCAAGAGGGCCGCCAUUGUGCAGUCUGGAUGGAGAACGCAAACAGUUCUUGGGUUCCUGUCCGCUUGCAUCUUUGGCACCUGCAUAGUCCUGCUCGUCAUCAACAGCAGGAGGGAUUCAACAAAAGCAACUAGAUGA